GGAGGCGGCCGUAGCAUCAGGUGACAGCCCGGAAGCUGCGGAAGCGGAUGAAGCAGAGCGGUGGUGGCCCCGUGGGGCUGCGCGGAGGUGAGGGAGCUGGACGACGGCUUCCGAGCCCGCGACUCGGCGCACAUGCGGCGCUCCGGCUGACAUCUGAAGGCCGCCGCUCUGGGUCGUGCGGGCCGGCCUCGGCGGUUGGAGUCGCGGUGCGGGCCUGCGGCGGACAACCAUGGAGAAGGCUGGCCGUGAAGGCGACGGCGCCCCCUGCGGGCCCGUCCUGCACAUCGUGGUGGUCGGCUUUCACCACAAGAAGGGCUGCCAGGUUGAGUUCUCUUACCCACCACUGAUUGCGGGAGAUGGACAUGACAGUCACACUCUACCUGAAGAAUGGAAGUAUUUGCCUUUCCUCGCCUUACCAGAUGGUGCACAUAACUAUCAGGAAGAUACUGUGUUUUUUCACUUACCACCCAGAAAUGGAAAUGGAGCCACAGUAUAUGGUAUCUCUUGCUAUCGACAAAUUGAAGCCAAGGCAUUAAAAGUAAGGCAAGCCGACAUCACCAGAGAGACUGUUCAGAAAAGUGUCUGUGUUUUGAGCAAGCUGCCUCUUUAUGGCUUACUUCAAGCAAAACUUCAACUCAUUACACAUGCAUAUUUUGAAGAGAAAGAUUUUUCCCAAAUUUCUAUUCUAAAGGAACUCUACGAGCAUAUGAACAGUUCCUUAGGAGGGGCCUCAUUAGAAGGAUCUCAGGUGUAUCUUGGUCUGUCUCCUCGAGAUCUUGUCCUUCAUUUUCGACACAAGGUCUUGAUCCUGUUUAAGCUAAUUCUUCUUGAAAAAAAGGUUCUUUUUUACAUUUCUCCAGUGAAUAAAUUGGUGGGUGCACUAAUGACCGUGUUAUCCCUUUUUCCAGGAAUGAUUGAACAUGGACUCAGUGACUGUUCUCAGUAUAGACCCCGAAAGAGUAUGUCUGAAGAUGUUGGGCUUCAGGAAAGUAAUCACCCUGUAGAUGAUUUUAUUUCUGAGUCCACUUCUCAUAUUUCAAAUACCAGCAUGGGAAUUGUCACAAAAAUCAUGUCAGGAAACCAUGGAGGAGACACUGUCCUUCAUACAGAGCAGACUUGCUUCCAAGUAGAAGAUAACAACAACAAAGAGCAGGAACCCAAUGAUACUGGCCGCUAUUUGAAACUCCCACCUCGUCCGUCUCCAGAGUCUUCAGAGAGUGACUGGGAAACUUUGGAUCCUAGUGUUUUAGAGGACUCGUCUUUGAAAGAAAAGGAACAGAUGGGGUCAGACCAGACAAACUUAUUUCAGAAAGACUCUGUGCUCUCAGACAGUGCUCCAAUUACUGUACAACCUCAAGCUAACACCAGGCAGGUAGUCCUGAUACCAGGACUCAUUUCUGGUUUGGAAGAGGAUCAAUAUGGCAUGCCUCUGGCCAUCUUUACAAAGGGAUAUCUGUGUUUGCCUUACAUGGCAUUGCAGCAGCAUCAUCUUCUCUCUGAUGUCACUGUUCGGGGAUUUGUGGCUGGAGCUACUAACAUCCUUUUUCGACAACAGAAGCACCUCAGUGACGCCAUUGUGGAAGUAGAAGAAGCACUGAUCCAGAUCCACGAUCCAGAACUUAGGAAGCUGCUUAACCCAACCACUGCAGACCUGAGGUUCGCAGAUUACCUAGUGAGGCACGUGACUGAGAACCGGGAUGAUGUCUUCCUGGAUGGCACAGGCUGGGAGGGAGGUGACGAGUGGAUCCGGGCCCAGUUUGCAGUCUAUAUCCAUGCUCUGCUGGCUGCUACACUGCAGUUAGAUAAUGAAAAGAUGUUAUCAGACUAUGGGACAACUUUUGUUGCCGCCUGGAAGAAUACUCACAACUACAGGGUAUGGAACAGCAAUAAGCACCCAGCACUUUCAGAGAUAAACCCAAACCAUCCUUUUCAAGGCCAGUACUCGGUGUCAGACAUGAAACUCAGAUUCUCACAUUCUGUUCAGAACAGUGAACGUGGCAAAAAAAUUGGUAAUGUCAUGGUCACAACCAGCCGGAAUGUGGUACAAACAGGAAAAGCUGUCGGCCAGUCAGUGGGAGGAGCUUUUUCCAGUGCAAAGACAGCUAUGUCUUCAUGGCUGUCUACUUUCACCACAUCUACCCCUCAGAGUCUUCCUGAGCCACCCAACGGGAAGCCCUGAAGCCAACAGCAGAAGUUACUGUGUUCUCUGAAGGGUAAUGCUCCCUCAUUUGCUGCUCCUAGGGUCUCCUCUGUCUACGAGUCCAUACCCAGGGAGCAAGAUAACAAACUGUUUACAUGGGCAGUUGCACUCUGUCUAAAUGAAUGUUACAGGAUGCUGAACAGAUGAAAUCACAACCAUAGCAGGAAUGGCUUUCCAGGUUGGGGGUGAAAUUGACUACUUUUACUUCAUUCUGAGCCUAAUUAAUGCACACAAUGAACCUUCUAGUGAAUUUUAAGUUCUGAAAUUGUACAUUUGUUUAGAUUUUUUGCAUAUGUAUAUUUUGUUCUAUUUUGCUGUUUAAAUAUUUAGAUAGUCAUAGUAACUUAUAUUGCCUAAAAUUAAGUUAUAUUACUAUUUUACUUUCUCUGAAGUUAACCCUAAAAUGUACUUGUAAAGUGUAGGGAGUGUGCAUUCCAGCCUAUAUUACUUUGCUGAGUUCUAGGGUGAAGUUUUGUGGGGGUGGGGCGUGGAGGGGGCCUUCUACCCACUCAACACAUUUACCAGCUCACUUCUUCCCAGAGCUGUGAAAGUCAAGAGGGAAAAACUCUGAGGAUAAGAUGUCAUUUCAGAUGAAUUUCUUUCUGACAAAGUUGAUAUGAGGCAGCAGAGAUGCCACUCUGUGUCCCUCCUCCUGGCUGUGACUGUGCAGGCAGUGGUGGCUCAGCAGCACUGAAGGGUUGGCACAUGGCUGUAGGGCAGUAGUUUAAGCACUCACGUGCUAGCAUGAUGAGCCCCAGUUAUGCUGCAGUCUUAAUCAGCAGCACUUUGUUAUCUAAAAUGUGUGCCUUGUUUCUUGUCAAUGGUUGUCCAUUGGAUCUGGGCAGAUCUGCAGGCCUUCUCUUAGUCUUACUCUGCACUGAGCCUUUCAAAGGUACUUGACUUUCCUACUUCCCUGACUGAAAAGCCUUUUAGUCAGUUCUACCACCUUCAAAAGACAAAGUGACCAAUAAAGGUUAAGUGUAAACCGCAACUUAGCUCACAUUUAGAAAACCAAGAAGUGGGCCAAGGAAAUGAUUUAGUGAAUAAAAGUGCUGAAUGUGCAAGCCUGACAACCUGAGUUCAGAUCCCUGGAGCCCACAUGAAAGGCCACAUCUAUAAUCCAGUGUUCCUACAGUGAGAUGGGAGGCUCACAAGCCAGCUGGCCUGGAGUGUGCAAUGAAUUGGCAGAAGCAAGAGACACCCUGCCUCAAAACAAGGUGGAAGGCAAGACCCAACUCUUGAAGAUUAUCCUCUGACCUCUGUGUGGGCAGUGUGUCGUGUACAUGCUUACACGCACAUGCACACACGCAUGCACACACCUCAAAUGAUAGAAAUGUAAGAAGCAUGAGAAUGAGCCCAUACCCAUGCCAUGAGUCACUUAGCUGGUAAAGUUUAUAUUACUGCAGACACGAAUUGGCCAGCCUCUCACAAUUUGUACACAGCUGGAGCUUAUGUGUUUAUCAUUUAUAACUGUCAUUUGCUUUUCAGGGGAUUUUUAAUGGGUGUUCUCAGGGACUACUUAUGGGGAGCAGUCUGCCUUUAGUAACAGAAGACAUGUGGAAUAACCAUUUAUAUUUGAUUUAACAAGCAGUGGGAAAAUAAGGGGCCUAAUUAAGGACACUGAUUAUAUUUCAUCCAUUCCCUAUAAGGUGCCCUAUAGACUAUAUAAAGAAUACAGGGCAUAAUCUAAUAUCUCUAAAACUUUGCAAUUUGAACUUUACACAAAAUACAAACUACUUCUAGUUGAACAUAAUAACUCAAAGAAUCCAGUGACAGUUGAUUAAUGGGAGAUAAAUAAAUUGAUUAAUGGGAGGACACCAUUCAUUUGCUUCGGCCAGGGAAUAUUUGAAAAGAGAAGAAGCAAAGCCACACUAAACUGAAAGGCUUUUUUAUCAGUGUUGUGCCGAGACUGUUGGGAUUCUUAGAUGUUCUUCAUGUGGCUGCAGCAUGAUGAUAUCCUGUGGUAGUUGAUAUUGCUAGGAGCCCUGCCUGCUUAGCCAGUAAGGUGAUAAUUCUUUAGUUUCACCAGGUUUAUAUGACUGGGUAAAUGCUUGCUUUCACUUAAAAGCAAUGCAACACUCACCUUGGAAUAUGCUUGAGGAAAAAAAUUAAAUGAAAUUUAAUGCUGCUUUUGUAUCACAUUUCCAUUUGAGUAUAUGUCUGGGUCCCCAGCAUAGGAUUGCACAGUCUUACUACACAGGUCUCUAAAUUGCCAUCCUCCUGCCUCUGUCUCCCAAAUAACUGGAAUUAGAGAAUCUUACCAUUCUGCCAGGCUUAAGUGUAUAUUUUAAUUUAAUCUUAAUGUAAAUUAAAACUUAGCUCCUAAAAUGAUCACUUAACUGGCUUUCAGCAUAAAAUAACUGGGAAUAUAAAACAUCUUAGAAUAGUCAAAAGACCAUAUGUCUACUUCCUUCAGGUUUAGGGAAACAUUGACUUUUCAAGGGCCAUGGACCAUUUUGUUAUUGGCAGAGGCACUGCUGUAGCCAGUGUUGUGUAGAACAGGAGAUACGGCCCUAGCCCAGGAGUCCCGCACACCAGUGAGAGAGACUAACUGAUGAGUAAUCUCCAAACCCUGGCACGGGAGCCCUGGAACCAGUAGCAGGCCUUUUGACUCUUGCCCCCAGAGAUGUGUCUGUUGGAGCCCACGCUUUCUCUGGUGAUCAACAAUGCUUUUGUUUGGCCGGGCGAUGGUGGCGCACGCCUUUAAUCCCAGCACUCGGGUGGCAGAGGCAGGCGGAUCUCUGUGAGUUCGAGACCAGCCUGGUCUACAGAGCUAGUUCCAGGACAGGCUCCAAAGCCACAGAGAAACCCUGUCUCCAAAAACAAAAAAAAAAAAACAAAAAAACAAUGCUUUUGUGUUUAAGAACUGAGUGUAACUAGGGCCUGAGGGAGCAAAAGUCAACCAACAUUUUUCAGGUUUACAGGAUGCAGUCAUUAGCGGUAGCGCCACUGCUGUCCAGGUGUUUUUAAGGAAGCCAUUACAUUCCUAGCAUAAUGACAGUGACAUUGAUAAGGGAGAGAACUAAAGCCGUGAGUCUGUGGACUAGAUGAGUAGAAAUUCUGAAGCUGUAUAUAGCAAAUGGAGAGCAAUUUUAUGUGUACAUUUGAUUCAUAACCAAUAUAAACUGUCCAACCCCAAAUCCAUUCGUGAUUCACUAGCUCCCAAGCUUAAAAGCAAUUCUCCUCGUCUUUUGAAUGAAGAGGAGCUUUCUUGAACGCAAGAAGGGCUUCCUCGAUCCUGUUGCUUUCCAGGUUUUGCACUAAGCAGUUACUGUUUUUUAGAAUAGCUUUCCUUAGAAAUUUAAGAAGAAAGCAAAUUAGGAAAAAAUGGGGUAUUACAUGGCUGGGGAACAGGGCACUUAAAGUUUUAAUGAGAGUAUUUUGACAUCAGUAUUUAACCUACUUAAGGUAUGAGUUUUUUAGAGAGAAGUUAAAAUUGUAAUCAGCUGUUUACAUUUCUAAGUGAAGUUGUAACAUUCUUUUUCUGGUAGUCAGGUUUUAUUGAAGCUAUAUAUUCUAUGGAGGCCCCUUUCCCUCCCAUGUUGGUAAGUUUGGAAGUCCUGCAGGUCAGCAUCCUGAUCUAUACCACAGGCAGAUGUCUGCUGCAGCUUCCACAGAGGGCAGCCUGCUAGGGCAGAAGCUGUUAGCUCUGGUCUGUGGUGCUAACUGCACCAGCCUGUUAGUGUAUUGGGACAUUGCUUGAGAUUCCUGAGUGGCAACAUUUACACACUCUGGUUCUUUGAUGAAAAAUAGCCCAGGAUUCAUGGAUUUCCAUGUCAUCUCUUGGUAGCCUUUAGCUAUGACAAAAUACUCCUCAAAACACUUAACAAUGAUCAUCAUUCCUCAUAACAUAAUGUGCGGCUAAGACUUUGUCAUUCCAGGUCUUAUGACUUUAUUGCUUUGAAAUUGUUUUUUCAUAAUUUCCAACAUUCCACAAACUUUUUUCAGAGAGAGAAAAGAAAUGUGCAUCUUUAUUUUUUCAUAUAAAAUAACUUCAUAAAAAUGACUUUCUACAUUAUGAAGAAGAAACUGGUUCCCGUGUAUGGUAUAACACUCCAAUAUUAAAAGGUUGUGCAUGUCUAAGGGGUUGGAUAUAUUUUGUAAAGCUCUAAAUACGUUUGUAUUUCUGUGCUGUUCAGAAAUUUACCUUUUUACUUAUACUGAUUAAAGAUAUAGAGAACUAUAUAUUUAAAUCAUGUAAAUGGAACACAAUUAAAGGGAUUUCCAAUCUUGUUUCUCAUCAGCUUCUCAUGCACAUAGUUUGCUGCUCCAGUUUCUGUUGUGUGCAAUAAAAACAUUUGAACAUUUCAAGUCAGGUACUGAGCCAGAAAAGGUCAUUGAAGUUUUCAGAAAACUGUGCUUAGAAAAUAUUUUCUUGAAAUACUGUUCUUUUAUAGAUGGAAAAAACAAGAUUAAGCAUUACAUGUUUUAGUCCACUUGAUCAUCAGUGUCUAAAUAUAGGAAGCAUUCUAUUAAUGACUUGGUGAAGGUACUUAGUGGUUGGGAAGUAGUUUCUAAGGAAGUUUAGCUAUAGCACACAUUUUAUCAGACAAAUGGCUUCCCUUUUCUCUAGUAAUUUUGUAGUUUGUGCUGGUUCAUUUCUGUUGUCGUUUGUUUCUUAAAGAAUAUUCAAGUUAUAAUCAUGUCUAAUCAUGCUGAACUAUAGAGAUUUUAUUGUACCGUUAUUUUAAGCAAAACCUGAUAAUAAAAUUAUCCUGUUUCUCUUGCACACUUGC